AUGGCUCAGGGGAAUCUUAAGUUAAAGAGUAAAGCACCUGCUAGAGUUACUAAGAAACAAAUUAAUCCUAAGAAAGCUUCAAAGAGGAUUAUCAAGCCUAAGAAACAAAGUAUUACAUCUAAAUUAACUAAGGUUCAUACAUCGAAGUUAGUUUCUCAAACGGAAAAGUUGGUUAGUAGUAGAGUUGGACAUUUAGAAUUAUUGAAGGGAACUAGAAGAGAGUUAGAGAAACAAAAGAAGUGA